GGUGUAUAGUCGUCUCGAUGUGGUCUCUCGGUUUGUGUUUUGUGCGAGUCUCUCUCCUUAAUGUGUAUCUCGCUCUCAGGGAGUCGUAACGUCAUCCAAAGGGGUGGGGCGAGAGCGGGACAAGUAGAAACAAGUUCAGUCCCUGUAGCCGGAGUGACCGGGGGAUCCCUGCUGCCUCUGCUUAGUUCUAAUAUAUAUCCGAACUGUCCGCUUUAUUCAUAAGAGUUUGGGGGCGCACAGGACAACUGAGAAACUAGUUACGGUGAUCACAUCGAUGUCGAUGCGCUACGUCGCUAGGGUGUUCUGAGGUUGUAGAUGGAAACUUUGUAACGGAUACUGGCAGGGCACUAUGAGCUCACAGAACAGAGUUCUGAAAGAAGGCUUUUUGGAGAAGCGGAGUAACGGGCUUCUGCAGCUCUGGAAGAAGAAGCGCUGUCUGCUCACUGAUGACGGCCUGAGACUCUACGACUGGAAACGGAGUGGCUCCGAUUCGUCUGCCAAAGCUAAGGAGUUGCGCUUCGAGCGCAUGGCCACUGUCGACUGCGUUGAGUACAAACGUGGGCUCGUCUACUUCACCGUAGUCAUGGCCGGAGGGCAGGAAAUCGACUUUAGGUGCCAGCAGGAAGGCACCCCUUGGAACGCCGAGAUCGCUUUGGGCUUGGUCCGCUUUAAAAAUCUGCUGGCUGUGCAGUCCGGGCGGACCCGCCACCUGGCACACCUGGGUAGCACUGGCGAGGAGGAGGCGCCCGACUUGUGAUGUGCGGCUGCUUCAGAAAGGUUUUCACAUCCCCAGUUUCCAAUGAAGUGGCAAAUGGAAGUGAGCAGAUGACACAGUUUCGGGGUGAUGACCCCCCAAGUUCAUCAAUGAUUGGAUGUAAUGGCUCAGCCUUCAGUUUUGCUGCUCUCAGCAACUUAACUCCUUAAAAAUAGAAUCCAAAUUAAAGUAGAAGACAAUGGCAGGGAUGGCUGUCUGCUGAGAAUCUGCAGAAGUUAGAUUCCUGCCUAGUGUAUUUUCUUACUUUUGAUAUUCAAGCAGGAUUUUCUGUAGUAUCAGCUGCAGCCUAUAAUGUCGUACUCCUGGGGCCAGAGUGUGCUUGGUGAAGCACUACUGGAAGUAUGCCUGCUUUUCAGUUGUGUGCGCAGGAAUUUGGUCGUUGGGUGUUACAAAUGAAAGGCAGCUGCUGGCAGGGUGGUCGUUCAGGUACAUGAAAUGUAAUGGGAUCUUCUUUAAAGUAAGAAUCUUUCCAAGGUUCAAGUCUCAGAGAGGAAACAUAGAACAGAACCACAGUCAUCUCAAGUUCAUACCAAAGAAUUUGUAAAGCAAAUAUAUGUUUUUCUCCUUUUUCACCAAACGCCUCAACUUCAGAGUUUUGGGAAAAGGUUAGCUGGCAUUUCCUCUCAAACAAAACAUGUUAUUUUAAUGACUUAAUAGCAUAAUUUACAGCAUCUAGAAGACUGGUACCUGAUCUGUUUUAUACACUUUUAGUGAGUCAGCAAAAGGCCCUUCUCUAGUUUCCUGUUGGCCUCUCAUGUCUCAUAGCCGGUGAUAUACUUGGUAGAAAGAAGAUUUGGUCUUGCUUCCAGUAUUUACUGUAUUUACCACUAGACAAUUGUGCACUUGACAAUUCAAGCCAUACAGGAGGUUAUCAUUGACAGGCUGGUAUAUGUUGUCUACCUCUAGCCUGGAAUGAUUUGUGCUUGGGAUUUGAAAGGCUGUAACAUUACAUCCUGAUAACCCGUAAUUUAACAUAGUUGACUAUUAGAGAGAGGUGCCUUGCUUUGGUUAUUGUCUUUGUCAGGGAUAAAUGCUAUUUUAAAGGAGUUCUUGCGCUGGAACAUAUGAAUUAAGUCUUUGGAGAGAUACUGGGAAAACUGGAGGUUCUAAAUGACAUUGUCGUCAUAGAACAAUGCAUAGAAACCAUUGGCCUUUCAUCUCAUAUGCUUUACAUAACACAAUGCCAAUGCUUUACCUUUCUCAAACAUUCAUCUAUCAUAGAACUCCAUUAAUGCAUUCCUGGGCCACUGGGAAUCAGAGUGUAUUUCAGCUACUGAAACCAACCCUGGAUGUGUCAUCUAUCCAUGACAGGGCACACCAACUCACAUACACUCGCUCCUUUUGAGACAUUUUAUAGUUGCCAAGUAAGCUAAGAUGUCUGUCUUUGAAAUUUGGAGAGAACAUGUGAUUUUGAAGUUGUGAGACAACAAUGCUGAUGACUAUACCACCCUAUUUUUUAAACCUACAAAACUGCGAUGAAGAUACAAGGCUUAAAAACGGAAAUCAUCACUCCCUGAAAUUGGAUCUUGCCAAACCUGAGAAAUCUCCCAGCUGUAUGUUAUAAAAUGUGAAGUUCUGGGAAAGAGGUUUCCUUGAGAAGCUAAUUUUUUUUAAUCACCAGCAUCUCCUGACAGUCUAAUGAAGAAACAUCUGCCAUUUGCAUUGCUUUACAGCUUGAUGGGUUCCAUGUUUAUUUCUAAAUUUCAAGUAGUGUAGUGAGUAUUGCGUAAGUAUGCCGAGUGUGUUGAAUUAGUUCAAACUCUGUUCAUGUAUUAAUGUUGCAUUAGACAGUGGCACCAGUUCACACUGCCAGUCAUUACAAACAUUUGCCAUAUUGAACAGGCAGUAUGAGUAAUGACUGAAAGUUGCACUCAGCCAAUCACAAUUUUGUAUAUAGUAUAAAGAUGGCCUGUUUCAGAAGUGCCCUGUUUGUGAACCGAAGGGGGUGAAAAAAAAUACUAUUCCUCUGUGAGAACAAGUACAGAUCCUGACUGCUAUAAUGUCAUAGCAUUUAAUCUGUCGUUGUGUAAACACUGUACCAAACUAGGCUCUAGGAGGUCAAUUUCCUGGAGCUUUCCAGUUUUUGCAUAUAUACAGACAAUGUCUCUAAUGCUUUACCCAGUAUAAUGAGUUUGCUACAAGACGACAUUUUUUGAGAACUGACUAAUGCAACCUGCUUUUUAAAUAAAUGUUUGUAUGUAAAACUUGGGUUCAAAUCCCCUCCCAGACAAUGUUUGUGUGUAGUUUAGAGAUUUGCCCCAUGCUUACAUUGGCUUUCUUAUGUUACAUUUGUUUUCUUCCACAUCCCCAAAACACAAGACCUUGUGCACAAAUACAGAUCGGAGGCCAUGAGGGUCAAAGUAUUUAAGUUUAUGGAGUGUAACUGAACAUUUCUUGUUAGCUUUCGAUAAGAGUCCCACAAUGGGUAAAUGUGUCUAAUGUGUUCAGCAAUGUACAUAUGAUAUAGUCAUAUAUUCACAUGGGAAAAUUUUUCCCAGCUGCCUUGGAAAUUGCAGUGUUCCAGCUUUAAUAUUUUGUAAUUGGUCAACUACAGAAUCAUUGGAAAAUGGGUCCCAUUAUCUUAGGUAAAAUAUAUGAUCCCACCUUUGAUGCUCCUACAUUGUGAGACUGUAGUAUCAUAAUGCCUACAAAUAUUAAUCUUUUCUUAUAUGCUGCUAUAGCUAUCGUUUAUAUUUAAGGCCAAAGGAGAGAUAUAAUAAAUUGCCAAAGAUCUUGAAAUGGCUGUGUAUUGCGAGACAGGGACUGAGGUUGUACUCCUCCAGAUUCAAAUUUUCUGUGACAUUUUACACAUCAUUCCAAUUUUUAGACAUUUCUGGAGAUGAGUUGUCAUGUGUGGAGUCAGUCCAGGCAAAGCCACAUGACAGAUCUUCCAGUGUUCUCUUAAAAUGAAAAGUUACAAUUCAGUGUUAUUCUCUCAGGAUGUCAACCAAAUGUUCACCAUGUUCUCUUUUCAUGUCUUAAUGCCAAUGAUUUCUUUUGGUGGGUUAAGUAAUAAAAGUGACAUUAUGCUGA